AUGCCGCGCCGCAAAACACCCGAUCCAAAUCUCAACCAUGACUCCAGUGUUGCAGAUUUGCUGAGCAAGAGCCUGGCAGCUAUGCGCCUGGCGGAAGACAAGGCAAGGGAAGUCCAAUGGCGAGUUAUGCUAGAAGACCGGAGGAAGAAGCAAGCUGAGCUUGCGAUGCAAAAAGAAGCUGCGACCAAGCGACAAACACACGCAGAGGAAAUGGAGAAGCGGGGAAAUGUGUACCACGACCAGAAGCAGUUGGCUCUGAAGACUUUGGGUCCGUUCAUGGCGUUGCCUGCAGAGGUCCGGAACAACGUCUAUCUAUUCUGCCAGGAGCCUAAGCCACUGGCAUUGAAGCCUCGAACCAGCGACUCAAGCUACAAUAAGAUUGGCAAAUACUUCGCUCUGACGCAAGUCAACAGGCAGAUCAGAGCUGAGUUCAUGCACAUGCACCGAGAACAUAUAGAUCGAGCCACGAUGGAUCCCUGGGAUGUCGUCCACUUCGUCAAUACCUUCUUUCCUUCUGAAGAGAUGGGCGACGAGCGACCGAACGCUGCCAUCAACGUUCACAUCGCCAUCAAUCUUGAUCCUAUCAUGGGCUCUGUGUACGAUCAUACUCAGAUCCCCACACUCGACCUCAAACCACUCCUGGAGCUGACCACAAACGAGCCGGGAUUCCGCUUUUCCUUCGUUUAUCUGCGAGUACCUAAACGAAAAAAUAGGGACAUCUCCAUCGGCAGCGACGACGGAUCUCAUCGCAAACACGUUGUGAAGGAGCAGUUGCGGAGACUUUUCGAUGCAUCUCGGGAGCAAGGUCCAUCAUCUGCGUGGGCUUUCUUUCUGGCACAUUUCCGUCAGUGCGAGCUGAAUCACACAGCAGAUGGAACAUCGUCCCUGGAAUUUGUGGCGGAUAAGCAGAUCACUAUGUCGAACGUCGCAUUAUGGUUGGAUGCUUGGGGCUUCAAGUGGGAUUCAGCUUCGUUGAGUCCUCUCAAGGCGAUGAAGACGCUUUGGGAAAGGGUCGGGAUAAGGGUCACAAUUAGAUUUGCGACAGACCGGAGAGACCAAGAGCCCACUAAGCUACGGGCUACAGAACCAGUCCCUUUUAUCCAAUGGGAUGCAGUCCUCCACGACCUUUAUUAUCGGCCUCGAAAACGUGUGCAUGCUUCGGCGGAUAGUAGCUAA